AUCUUUCACUUCAUUACAAACAACAAGUAUCAUCACCUCUUCUCUCUCUGCUUUUUCCCUUCCCUCGCCACUACUCUCUCUCUCUCUCUGCAUUUUCUUUUUCCCUCCUUCUAGAUCCACUUCUAGAGAGAGAGGACAGUUAAGCACACAUUCUAUAUAGUGAUAGUGAGAGAGAAGAAAUUGACAGGGAAAGUGGAUAGCUUACUUACAAUGGCGCUUUCUAAAGUUAUUGUAUCUCUUUCUGCAUUGCUGCUUCUCUUGCUCUUCGUCGGAGCCACGGCCGUUCUCAACAACUCCGAUCAUCUCUCUUCCAUUAAGAGUGAUGAAAAAGCAGAGUUGCAGAACUCGGUCAACUCGUCAAUGGCGGCAAGGUUGGAAGAUGUUGAUGGUGAAGGCUUAAAUGAGCAUGCUGUUUCUAACCCAGAUGAGGUUGCUUCAAUGGUUGACAUGAGCAUCAGAAACAGUACUGAGCGGAGGAAAUUGGGAUUUUUCUCCUGUGGAACUGGCAAUCCUAUUGAUGAUUGUUGGCGCUGUGAUUCCAACUGGCAUCGUAACCGCAAGAGGCUUGCUGACUGUGGCAUUGGUUUUGGCCGAAAUGCCAUUGGAGGUCGUGAUGGUCGCUUCUAUGUAGUCACUGAUUCUCGUGAUGAUGACCCUGUUAACCCCAGACCUGGUACCCUACGCCAUGCUGUUAUCCAGGACAGACCCCUCUGGAUUGUGUUCAAGCGCGACAUGGUGAUACAAUUGAAGCAGGAGCUUAUCAUGAACAGCUUCAAAACAAUUGAUGGUAGAGGGGUUAAUGUCCAUAUUGCUAAUGGCGGGUGCAUCACCAUCCAGUUUGUAACCAAUGUUAUAAUUCAUGGCCUGCAUAUCCAUGACUGCAAACCUACUGGAAAUGCUAUGGUUAGAAGCUCCCCCACUCAUUUUGGGUGGAGGACAAUGGCUGAUGGAGAUGCCAUAUCCAUCUUUGGAUCGAGCCAUGUCUGGGUUGAUCAUAAUUCACUAUCAAACUGCGCAGAUGGCCUUGUUGAUGCUGUCAUGGGCUCAACUGCCAUUACAGUUUCCAACAAUCAUUUCACCCACCACAAUGAGGUUAUGCUUUUGGGUCACAGUGAUUCCUAUACGAGAGACAAGCAAAUGCAAGUUACUAUCGCAUAUAACCAUUUCGGAGAGGGCCUUAUUCAAAGGAUGCCCAGAUGCAGACACGGGUAUUUCCAUGUAGUCAACAAUGACUACACUCACUGGGAGAUGUAUGCAAUUGGUGGAAGUGCAAGCCCUACCAUCAACAGCCAAGGAAACAGAUACCUAGCCCCAGCUAAUCCUUUUGCAAAGGAGGUGACAAAGCGAGUGGAGACACCUGUUGGUCACUGGAAGGGUUGGAAUUGGAGAUCAGAGGGUGACUUGUUACUUAAUGGAGCAUACUUUACGCCAUCUGGAGCUGGAGCGACAUCUAGCUAUGCCAGAGCUUCAAGCUUAGGGGCAAAAUCUUCUUCAAUGGUCGGUACAAUCACUUCUGGAGCUGGCGUUCUUGGCUGUCGCAGAGGCCACCAGUGCUAGCGAACAAUUCAAGUAGUUACAUGAAGAAAGUUUUUUUUUUUUUUUUUUCUUUUACCCCUCUUUCUAAAUUUCUCUUGCCAGUUUCAUUUUACUAUUAAUAUCUCUGCCCACCUAAAUUUUCAUAUUCCACAUCAUAGCUGGUCUUCACUAUUGCAUUUGGCAAGUGUACAAUUUACACAUGUCAAUGAUUUAUCCUCCCAUAUCCUUCCCACCAUGGUUGUGCAACCUCGGCCUGCUUCAACUGAAAAACAAAUUCCAUUUAAGAAGUCCGGUGCAGAAGCGUUGUUCAUCAUUCUCUUCAUUCCAUUUUCCAACCUAAAAACCUCAUGCAUUUCUCCUCUUCCUUACCACCACUACCAUUGGCCUGCCUACUCACCUUAUAUAUCUCCGUAAUUUGGCACUUACUUUAUACUUUGCUGGCAUUUGGGUUUAUAGGAACAGAUUGAGUUUGUAAUUUGUCUUUUGUUAGUUUUAUUAAGUCAUACGUAAAAGCUAUAUAAGUGUGAAUGUCAAGACUCAGUCACUGAGAAAAAAAGAAAGCUUUUGUAAUAGAUGAUGCUGCAUAGCCUGCUUACUGUCUUGCUGUGAUCUUAACAAUCAAAGCUUUUUAUUUCCAGUUGA